AUGAAGACAGGCGCACUCCUUGCGGCUGCCCUCAACGGCGUCGUGGUGGUUGCACAGAGCAAUAGUUCCAAUCCAUCAGAGGUUCCCUACUAUGGGCGAAGCCCACCGGUCUACCCUUCUCCAAUUGGCAACGGUAGUACAAAUGCUGGGUGGGCUGCCGCUUACAAACAUGCAAGAGCUUUGGUAUCCGAUUUAACGAUUGAAGAAAAAGCAAACAUCACACGAGGAUGGACUGGCACCUGCGUGGGUAACUCUGGCGAAGUUCAGCGAUCAGGGAUUCCAGCUCUUUGCUUUGCAGAUGCACCCGACGGCAUUCGUGGUCAAGAAUUUGUCUCCGCCUUUCCGGCUGGUAUCCAUGUUGCUGCAACCUUUGACAAAGCUCUCUUAUACAAGUACGGCAAGGCCCUCGGCGAUGAGUAUUACGGAAAGGGAAUCAACGUUGCGCUUGGCCCAGCCGCCGGACCUCUCGGUCGUGUCGCUCGUGGUGGCCGUAACUGGGAAGGUCUUUCAAAUGACCCAUACCUCGCCGGAAUUGGUAUGGGUGCCAUAACCCGAGGUAUCCAGAAUGCUGGAGUUAUUGCUACCGCAAAACAUUGGUUGCUGAACGAACAGGAGUAUCGUCGCCGAAUCUCAGACCUCGGUGAAGCCAUCAGCUCCAACGUCGACGACCGCGCUCUGCACGAGCUCUAUGUCUUCCCGUUUAUGAACUCUCUCAAGGAAGGAGCCGCGUCCGUUAUGUGCUCUUACCAACGAGCUAAUCACUCUUACGGUUGCCAGAACUCGAAACUUCUGAAUGGCAUCCUUAAAACUGAGCUUGGAUUUGAGGGCUUUGUUGUCAGUGACUGGCAAGGACAAAUGAGCGGUGUAGCCUCCGCCAAUGCUGGGCUCGAUCUCGUGAUGCCUGAUGCAGGGUUCUGGGGUGACAAGCUUGUUGAGGCUGUCAAGAACGGUUCCGUAACAGAGGAUCGACUAUCGGAUAUGGUCACCAGGAUCCUCGCCAGUUAUCACUUCCUCCGCCAGGAGCACGCUUUCCCUGAACCAGCAAUUCACUCAAAUCUACAGAAAGCCUACCCUGUCGAUGUCCAAGCCGACCACUCUCACCUGAUCCGACAAAUUGGCGCUGCUGGCACCGUUCUGGUUAAGAACGUCAAUGGCACUUUACCCUUCAACAACCCUAAAUUCUUGUCUAUUUAUGGCUAUGAUGCAACUGUCAAAGCUACCCCAUGGGAGAACCCUAGUCGUUAUGGAGGUGGCUAUGAAGUCAACUUCGGUUGGGAAACAUUCAAUGGCACUCUUAUUACUGGAGGUGGAUCGGGUGGCAGCACGCCUCCAUACGUGGUCUCGCCUUUCCAGGCCAUUCAAGAGCGCAUUUCCAAGAAUAGGGGUAUCCUGCGCUGGGACUUCUACUCCGAGAAUCCUUCCCCACCUUAUGUCAACUCGGAGGCCUGCCUUGUCUUCAUCAACGCUUAUGCCUCUGAAAGCUUCGACCGCCUGAGCUUGACGGACGAGUUCAGUGACAAUCUCGUCAAAAACGUCGCUGCCAACUGCUCCAACACCGUUGUUGUUAUUCAUUCUGCUGGAAUCCGUACCGUCGACGAGUGGAUCGAUCACCCCAACGUUACCGCCGUCCUUUUCGCUGGGCUGCCAGGUCAAGAGAGUGGCCACAGCCUUGUUGACGUUCUGUGGGGCGAUGUCAACCCCUCUGGAAAGCUUCCUUACACUGUCGCUAAGCUUGAGUCUGAUUACGGUGACCAUCUCAACUCAAGCGCGUCAGAUGACUUCUUUCCCGAUAGCAAUUUCACUGAGGGUCUAUACAUCGACUACCGCUACUUCGAUGCCCAAAACAUUACACCAAGAUACGAGUUCGGCUACGGCCUUUCGUACACCACUUUCGAAAUUGCAGAUCUCACUGCUGGUACAACAACUGCUGCUGACACCGCCGAGUUCCCUGACCCAAGUAUUCCAAUCGUCCAAGGAGGUCACCCGUCUCUUUGGGAAGUAAUUGCUGUUGCCAAGGUCUCAGUCACCAAUACCGGUGCUUUGGAGGGUGCUGAGGUCCCUCAGCUGUACGUUGGCAUCCCCGACGAAGGUACACCUGCCCGUCAACUUCGAGGCUUUUCACGCGUUCAGCUAUCCCCUGGCCAAAAGACCUCUACCGCUUUCGAGCUCACAAGGCGUGAUCUAAGUAUUUGGGAUGUUGAAGCUCAGCAAUGGCGUCUGCUGAGGGGUACCUACACUCUCUGGGCAGGAAAUUCCAGCAGAAACCUAUCUCUUCAAACCACUAUCGAGAUCAAAUAA